AAAAAAAGAGGAUCUCACUCCAAUAAUUUUUAAUUUUUUUUUUUUGGGUUCCAUAUUUUUUUUUAAACAGAAUCUGUUUCCUGCACUUACCCAUAUGAGUUUCUGGCGCUGUAAUUCGGUAGAAUUCGAUUGAAAAUGGUUCCAUUUAGUAAUUCUCUCCUUAUUCUUCUUCUUAUUCUUCUUCUUCCUCCUCUCCUUCCCACACAAGUCUCGUCCUUUCUUCGGCCUGCCCAACCUCCGUCUUCUCACGAGAUGGAGGAAAUGUCCGAGGACAAGACCCGGAUUGGGUCGGCGCCGCCGAGUUGCCACAACAGAUGCAAUGGCUGUCAUCCCUGCAUGGCCAUUCAGGUCCCCACCCUGCCGAGUCACGACCGAGUCUCCGCCGAGUCGAUCCGAUCUCCUCCGGGUCCGGGUCGGGUCUUCGACGCGUCGUCAGGCUCCUCCGGUGUCAACCAGUACUCCAACUACAAGCCCAUGGGCUGGAAAUGCCACUGCGACGGCCAUCUCUAUAACCCUUGAAAACUCUGCAGAAAACAAAAUCGAAGCUUUCGUCUCUUCGGUUUCAGUUUGAUCUCUCUCUCUUUUUUUUCUUAAUUUUUUUUCCCGGGGGGAGCAGAAUAGAGUUAUGUUCUUGGAUUCUUUGUAAAUGUACGGCUUAAUUUCUAAAUUGUAAACAAUGUUAAGUUAGAUUGGACAAGACAGGGUUAUCGCGUCAGUGGAUUGAUCUCUCUUCCUCACUCACUCGUCUCGCAGAAUGUCGUUUCUCCUUGUAGUGUUUUCAAUAUUUACAUGCUGACCAUUGUGUCUCUAAGCACUUAAUUAAUGCGAUUUAUCAGAAGAAUAUAUUGCUUUU